AUGGCAGAGAGCGAGAUUUCGACAUGGGCGGAGGAGAUUGAGCGGAAGCUUAUGGCCGCAGACGUUUCGAGGAACCUGGCGGAGGAAUUGAAGAGGUCUGUACUGAAAACCGUUGAGGACGGAACAUCGGCGAGAAAGUACAGCCCCAAGAUGAUUGAAAAGGCUAUCGCGGGAGAAGUAAUCAAGCUCUUAGAUCGCGGAUUGACUCACUUCAAACCGGAAAAAUCCACCCCAAGCAUUGUGAUGUUCGUAGGGUUACCAGGGUCUGGAAAAACGACCACUGUUGCCAAAUAUGCACAAUUUCAUCAAGAUGAAGGGUUUAAGGUGGCUAUAGUUUGUGCUGACACAGUGGGUAUUGAUGCCUUGUCUCAAAUCAAGAAUCUUGCGAAUCCUGGGAUUUUCAUUUACGGAAGCGCCAAUGAGUAUGACAGUGCAAAGGUAGCUGUAGAUGGUAUCACGAAAUCAAUCAGUCACAAAUGUGACCUUGUAUUGAUAGACACCUCUGGGUGCGGGAAACAAGAUGCUGCUCUCUUCGAUGCAGUACGCAAGGUUGCUAAAGAGACGAACCCGGACCUCGUUGUGCUUGUCUGGGAUUGUAGUAUUGGCCAAGCUGCAUAUGAGCAAGCAGCCGCAUUCAAGGAAAAAUUUAAUGUGGGCGCUGUGAUAGUGACGAAGAUGGAUGGCUCUGCCAAGGGUGGUAGUGCUCUCAGCGCAGUUGUGGCUACACAAUCUCCUGUGACUUUCAUUGGGACGGGAACACAGCUUGAUGCAUUUAAGGUGUUUAAUGGGGAAGAGUACAUAAGCCGUCUGUUAGGAACGAGGAUGAUGGGUGCGCCGAAAUGCCCUGAAGCUGCUGCUGCUAGAUUCUUAAUCUGUACGCUUAUGUCCGAGUCCUUCAAGAAAGGACUCUCCGAAGCUGCUGGUGCAAACAAGAAGUCAACAAGUCAUCCUCAUGACAUUCUCAUGAAGUUUUUUGCUGACGGCUGGAAUUAUGGAGUUGCACAAGAUGUCUCGUUAGCAGAUGCAUCAGUGCCAGUUUCUGAAAUUGAAGCCGCAGGGUACCAGGCUGGGCUUCUAGCUGAGGCUUUGAACAAUGAUGGUGUAGAUGCGGUUUCUAAAAACCCUGCUUAUGAAAACCUGCUCGUCUUGUGGGCAAAAGCGGGUCUCUGUUGUGGAUGUUACUUGAAGAAGUUUGGCUUUACGGGAAGCUUGUGA